AUGACCGACAGUUCCAAGACGACGACGGAGCAGCGUCAUCGAAGAACGAACUCCAUGGAUCAAUUCACAGAUCCUUUUUCGACCCCUGAGAUAUACUAUGGCCCUGCUACCGAUCCCUUGAAGCAGAAAAAGCGCACGGGUUUUAACAGAACUAGGACUUUGAGUGUAAUUGGAAGUACAUCCAAUUACAAGCUGGACGCUAAUAAUAUUGUUCCCAUCAGAAGAAGAGGAUCGGAGGAUAACAGUUAUCUAAACAGCAGGAACCGAGCGUUUUUCAUUGAAGACGUGGAUGCGACAUUGGAACAACUUUUGCACAGCGAGGAUACAGAUCAAAACUAUCAAAUUACCAUUGAAGAUCAGGGGCCUAAAGUUCUACGUGUUGGAACUGCGAGUUCAAAUGGUUAUAGGCAAGUCAGCAUUCGUGGAACCUAUAUGUUAUCAAAUCUGCUUCAAGAGCUAACUUUGGCGAAAAGCUAUGGAAGAAAACAGGUAAUUUUGGAUGAAGCACGCCUUAAUGAAAACCCGGUCAACAGGCUAUCUAGAUUGAUAAGCACGCAAUUUUGGAAGAAUUUGACGAGAAGAAUUGAUAUGUAUAACAUUGGGCAAAUAGCAGCUGACUCGAAGAUUGACACCCCUGCAGCAAAGGUUCCUCGGGUCUAUGUUCCACAUGACUGUCCUGACCAGUACGAGUUUUAUGUUCAAGCUUCACAAAUAAAUCCCUCUGCCAAUCUUGAUGUUGAAUACUUACCAGAAAACAUAACUCCAGAAUACGUGAAGUCUAUCAACGAUAGGCCCGGCUUGCUUGCAUUAGCAAUGGAGAAGCACAUGGAUCCAGCUACCGGUGAACAAAUAAUGGUAAGCUACCCUUACGUGGUUCCUGGUGGCAGAUUCAACGAACUUUACGGCUGGGAUUCAUACAUGAUGGCCCUUGGUCUUCUCGAUGCAGGCAAGAUGGACCUAGCUCGUGGAAUGACGGAACAUUUUAUUUUCGAGAUCAAUCACUAUGGUAAAAUCCUGAACGCUAAUCGGAGCUACUAUCUUUCCAGAUCGCAGCCUCCUUUUCUUACCGAUAUGGCCCUCAAAGUUUAUGAAAGAAUGGGCGGUAAGCAUAAUCCAGAUGCUAUCGAUUUUUUAAAAAGAAGUUUUCAAGCUGCUGUGAAGGAGUACAAAACAGUUUGGAUGAGUGAGCCAAGGUUCGAUCCUGGAACUGGAUUAUCCUGUUACCAUCCUGAAGGUGUCGGUGUUCCACCUGAGACGGAGCUCGGCCAUUUCGAUAGUGUUUUGAAAUCCUACGCUAUUAAACACAAUCUGUCAGUUCCAGAAUUCACAAGUCUAUAUAAUGAUGGGAAAAUCAAGGAGCCCGAACUUGAUGUAUAUUUCCUGCACGAUAGAGCAGUGAGAGAGUCUGGACAUGAUACCACCUAUAGGCUCGAUGGUGUUUGUGCUUAUCUCACGACAAUUGACUUGAAUUCGCUGCUAUACAAAUACGAAGUUGACAUUGCAAAUUUUAUCGAGGAGUUCUACGAGGGCGAAUACCGUGACUUCGAAAAUUCGUUGACUUCAGCUACUGGCUGGAGAGAAGCCGCAUCAAGGAGGAAAGAACACAUUUCUCAUUACCUGUGGGAUGAAGAAACCGGUUUCUUUUAUGACUACCAUAUCAAAUUUAAGGAAAGAACCUCUUAUGAAUCAGCUACGACAUUUUGGGCCCUAUGGGCAGGCUUGGCAACUCCUGAGCAAGCCGAGGCUAUGGUAAAGAAGGCUUUGCCAAAGUUGGAGAUGCUGGGGGGACUGGCAUCCUGUACCGAAAACUCGCGGGGCGAAAUCUCGAUCGACAGACCGAGUAGACAAUGGGACUAUCCAUACGGAUGGGCACCACACCAGAUUAUGGCCUGGGAGGGGCUUCAAAGGUAUGGCUUUGUUUCCGAGGCCAGACGCUUAGCGUACGAAUGGCUAUUUUUGAUGACGAAGGCCUUUGUUGACUAUAAUGGCAUUGUUGUUGAGAAAUACGAUGUGACUCGAGCAACAGAUCCGCACAGGGUCGAAGCGGAGUAUGGAAACCAGGGUUCAGACUUCAAGGGUGUCGCGACCGAAGGUUUUGGAUGGGUUAAUGCCAGUUACGUUUUGGGGUUGAAAUACAUGGACAAGCACGCGAGGAGAGCUCUUGCAUCAUGCAUUCCACCGAAUGCUUUUUUUAAGAAUUUACGUAAAGACGAGAGGGUCCGCUAUGGCUUAUCCGACUAG